UUCUGAUUGUUUUGUUUCACUUCACUGUACGGAAAAUAUUUAAGGACCUUAAGACGAAGAGCGCAACCAUUUAGUAGAAAAGGAAGCAGAUGGUGGCAGAUGAUGUCCCACACUGGUACUCAACGAUAAAAAAUCAAGACUGAGUUACAAAGAUAAUGGAAAACGAGAAAAGAUCCUUGUUUGGAGGAAUCUCGAGAGUUAUUUUCCAACAUGCAACAUCAGCGAUCUCAACUCUACGAAACUGGAUGUCGCGAGAGACACAAGAGAAUGAUGAUGGAGAUGCGAUCGUCAUUGAAAACAAUAUUGCAUUGAAAAGCAUCUUGAAGAAAAAGAAGAAAAGACCCAAAGAAAGAUCGCCGAAAGUACAAGGCACCAUAGGAGAAAUGUUGCAAUUAAUGAAACUACAGACAAAACAAAGAGAGCGGGAGGACGGUUGCAUUAGACAAGGCCCAAUGCCCAUCGAAGACAUACCGGUUUCAGAACGAGGCCCUUCAAAACUCACACACGCCACUUUGAACCCAAUUGAGAUGACUGGAAAUUCUGAUUUUGACGAAGAGAAUCCUACCAAUCGCGGUAUGCUAACUUACUUCGCACGAAUUGGUCAAACAUCCGCCCAAAAUGAAAGAGUAGACUUAGUUUUCUUGAAGUCUCUCCUUAGAGCAGGUGCAAAUAUAAACAUAGGUGAUAAGUAUGGCCAAACGAUAUUGCAUGCAGUUGCCCGCGACUGGCACAUCGAUGUCGCAAGGUACGUGAUUGACAAUGGCAGCGACGUUAACGCUCGAGACAGGUUUGGACGAACACCUCUUCAUGUUGCUGCAGCGGUCAACUAUCCUGAGAUGAUUGAGUUUCUUUUAAACAACGGAGCGGACUUGCACGGCCAGACCGAGGGAGAACUGCAGACUCCGAUCCACUACGCUGCAAAGUUCAACGCAGUCGCUAGUCUCAAGUGUUUGCUAAAGUUUGGUGCAAAAGUCAGUGACCGGGAUUACAACGACAGAACGCCUUUGUUUUUGGCGGCAGAGCAAGGGCAGCGAGAUGCGACAAAGUUUUUACUGAAUCUUGGUGUAGCUGCAGCUGUCUACGACGACCAAGGCAAUUCUGCUGUUUCGCUCAUGAUAGAAAAAAUGCCGGAUUUGGCCGUACAAGCUUUAGACCAAUUCAUUGUGGAAGACAAACCGAAUAGAAAGAUUUACUUCUAUCUGUGCAGCCUCGAAUAUGCUGUAUCCUGCAAAUUCGGGCAGACUCCUGCCAGAUCAGCUCUUGAGACGCUGGCUUAUAGUAAAGACAAAGAUUUGGCUCAGCAUGGUGUUAUCAACAAAUUGAUUGAGACAAAAUGGCACAUGAUUGCCAAACGCACGGCAUUACUCGAUAUUGCAGUGAAUUUCUUUUAUGCAUGCAUUGGAACGGUAUUGGCAACAACGCUGGACAGAAAAAGAAUAUACACGCCUUUGUCACAGAAAGGCUGGCGCAUCGGCUUUGAGGCAUUAUUUGUCAUUAUGACCCUUUUCUUCAUAAUUCGGCAAAUACUGGGAGGGAGACGGGCAAAGCAAAGACACAAAAGAUGGCAAAAAUGGCGGAUAAAGUGCAUCUCCCGAGACCUCAAAUAUUGCCAUCCCCAGUGGCCCGAAGAAAGGCGCUACCUUAAGAAGGAGAUUCACCGAAUUGAGGACAUGUCAUGUUCCUACACAGAGGCCUGGACUUACUACGAAUUGAUUAGUUUUCUUGCCAUGACUGCUAUUGUUGUUUCCCAAUUCACAUGCAUCAAGAUGCCAAACAAAUAUUCAGAUAAUGCACUGGUCUUCUCUUACUCAAUCAACAUGUUUCUUAUUUGGCUCCGACUUUUGCGACCAUGCAAAACGAUUCAAGCCUUAUCCGGGCUUAUCGUCAUGUUAGGCGAAAUUGCAAAGGGAAGCAUUCGUUACAUCUACAUAUUUAUGGAAUUCUUUGUGCCCCUGGUUACAGCGUUUCACAUAAUGUUUGGAGGCAGUGUCCAUGUUCAAAAAAUGGUGGCAAAAAUUGGAAACAGCGAUGACGUUCUAAGUUUCAGCUCCCUUGACCGAAUGACAUUUGUAUUGGAAUGGGUAACUGUUGGCGGUCCAUUCACAACGAAGCCCCUUGAAGCUGUUGACAUAAAACUGGCAAAUCUAAUGGUCUCCAUAUUUUAUGCAUUAAUGAAAAUAAUUGCAGCAAACUUAUUUAUAUCAUUGCUAAGUCAUCUAUUUGGACGAACGUACAACACGGCAAGAGCUACUGCACUGCUGCAAAGUGCUGACUAUAUUUUGCAAGUGGAAAAAAAUCUCAGUUGGAAAAAUUCGAAAAAGAGCAGGAAAAGAAUGAAGCAGGAAUGCAACCCUUUGGAAACGUACGAUAUACAGUUAACACGCAUGAAAAGUCAGAGCCAUGAACUUGAGGAAGCUGCCAACAGUGUAUCUGAGCGAUCGGAAAAGCUUGAGAAAGCCUUUACUACAUUAGGCAACAAAAUAAACGAAGAUCACAGCAAGGAGCUACUCAAUUCUGCAGAGAUAGUGAUGAAGGCCAUAGAAGACAUAGACACAAUGCAAGAACAUAUCGAAGAAACCUUCAACACAAGGAUUGAGCAGAUCGUGCAAAACCAAGCGAAUAUCAGAGCUCUUCUGUCUAAACCAGCCAUAGCAGAGUUCAUCCUGAAGAACAACAGCCGACACAAAGACAAGGAUUCUGUUCGCAGGAAAUCAUCAUCGUCAUCUGAAUAAAUGAGCUCUGCUUACAAAAGCAGGACAUCUAGAAGACUGGUACGCGUAUAAAAUGUUCACACCACCAUGUGGUUCAAAUUGAGAUAAAACUUCCGUAUUUCAAAGCCAUUAAGUUGCAAACAGUAUAAACAGCCGUGUUUGAGGAAA